AUGGGAGAGCAAGAGCAACCAGAGGAGAAGGGCAACAACAGUAACAGAAAGCAGGAUGUGAACUUCACGCCGGACGAGAAGAAUCCCGGCUCGUACAAGUACUUCCCGGACGACCCGGUGCAGGGGCUAAACAAAUACAAGUUCAUCAUGAAGGGGGACAGCGAGUACUACGACCCAUGUCAGGAAUGCUCAGAGAUGAGUCGCAAAUGCUUGGAGAGAAACCCAUUCGACAAAUCGCAGUGCCAGGAGUACUUCGAUGCUUAUAGAGAUUGCAAGAAGAUGUGGAUGAAAACGCGUCGUGAGAAUAGAAAGCAAUGGGAAAAAUGA